GUAAACGAAGUUGGGAGUUUUCUAUAUCACCUAGGUGAUAAUUUUAAGUAUCCUGCACAUUAAUUCUGACCAAGUGCCUUUUUGAGAUAUUUAAAAUUGAUCAUGUUACGAGAGAAAUAAUCGAAAUAGAUAGCCUGUGUAAGUCUGUCUUAUCCAAACAGUCUUAAUAUAUUAAUAUAAAGGUCACUCUGAGACGUAAGGGUGCAAACUAAUCAGGGAAUUCCAUUUUCAACAACAUCCACACUUUUUUAUUUCGCUUAUCUAACAUUCAUAUAAGUUCAUGGACCAAUGUCAAAACCGUUCCAACCAAUUAGUGACGUGAUUAAUACAUCAUCUCCAAAGCAUAAGCAACAGACAUUCAGUGAGAUUUAUUCAGAGCCAGAGAAUUUUCUUGAGGUUGAAGUACGAAAUCCGCAAACUCAUGGUCUAGGAAGUAAUUUAUAUACUGAUUAUGAAAUCGUAUGCAGAACAAAUAUACCAGCAUUUAAGAAGAGAAAUAGCAAAGUCAGAAGAAGAUAUAGUGAUUUCGUAACAUUCAGAAAGAUAUUAGAACAAGAAACUACUAGAGUCAUAAUCCCUCCAUUACCAGGUAAGAUCUUAUUAAGUUCGAAUAAAUUUAAUGAUAUAAAUAUCGAGAAACGAAGACAGGGAUUGGAAAAAUUCUUAACUAUAGUUAGUGGUCAUCCAUUAUUACAAACUGGAUCAAAAACAUUAAUUGAAUUUAUUCAGAAUGAAAAGUGGGAUCCAAGAAGUGCAUACUACUGAUAAGUUACUAUACUUCACUUAGAAAAGAAUAAGGAUAUAAAACAAUACAAUUACAACCGACGACUUAGUCUCAGCCUUAAUCUCAGCCACUUACUUAAUCCAAUUGGUUGGCUUGAAUCGAAUUUUAGCCUAUUGAUUUAUAUCUGAUUGAAAUAUAGAUUCAGUAAUAUUUUGGGCAUAUUCAUUUAAUUUUCUCUAUUAAACUUGUGAGCACACAUAUUUUUCAUUUUAUAUUUUUAAUAAAAGGUUAAUUUUGUAUAUGUUGUACGGGGGUCACAAGAAUAAGUGCCGUGAUCCGG